AUGCCCGCUGACGUCCGUCUGCCGCACCCCUUCGAUCCCCUCUCGAAAGAGGAGAUUGAGGCCGCCAUCGCCAUCAUCAAGAAGGCCCAUGGCGAUAACCUUCUUUUCAAUGUCAUAUCUCUCCAAGAGCCUCGUAAAGCUCAAAUGACCGCAUGGCUCGAAAAUCCCGCAUCUGCCCUUAGGCCUGUCCGAGUUGCCGAUGUAGUAGUCAUUUGUCCUGAUGGUAAAGUUUGCGAUGGCCUUGUCGACCUCCAAAAGGGCACCAUUACUAGUUGGGAGGAGCUAGACGGAUUGCAGCCGAUUAUCACCGUCGAGGAGCUCCAGAUGGCGGAGCACGUCGUGCGCAAAGACCCCCGAGUUAUCGAGCAGUGCAAGAUCAGCGGCAUCGCCGAAGAGGACAUGGACAAGGUCUACUGCGACCCCUGGACGAUCGGCUACGAUGAGCGCUGGGGAAACAAGACCCGCCUUCAGCAGGCGCUUAUGUACUACCGCCCCGACGUCGACGACUGCCAGUACCAGUACCCCCUUGACUUUUGCCCCAUCUUCGAUCCGAUCAGGAAGGAAAUCAUCCACAUUGAUAUUCCCAAGGUCAGAAGGCCGCUUAGCAAGGUCCCCGCCAUUAAUUACCACCCAGCUGGCGUUCAGAAGCAGGGCGGUUUCCGCUCGGACCUGAAGCCCAUCAAUAUCACCCAGCCUGAAGGCGUCUCAUUCAAAAUGACGGGAAGGGAAAUCGAGUGGCAAAACUGGAAAUUCCACAUCGGCUUCAAUUACCGCGAGGGAAUUGUCUUCAAUAACAUCACUUUUAACGACAAGGGCACAGAGAGGCCCAUUUUUUACCGCUUAUCUCUCGUCGAGAUGGUGGUUCCCUACGGAAACCCCGAGCACCCGCAUCAGCGUAAGCACGCACUGGAUAUAGGAGAGUAUGGGGCGGGGUAUAUGACGAACAGCUUAUCGCUCGGGUGUGAUUGCAAGGGUGCCAUCUUCUACCUUGAUGCCGAGUUCCCCACACGGGCGGGCGGAAUUCGAACCAUCAAGAACGCCAUCUGCAUCCACGAGGAAGACAAUGGAAUUCUUUUCAAGCACUCGGACUUCAGGGACGACUCCGUCAUUGUCACUAGAGCUCGUAAGCUUAUCAUCCAGCAGAUCUUUACCGCUGCCAAUUAUGAAUAUGCAAUUCAGUGGAUAUUCCAUCAAGACGGCACUAUUCAGCCCGAUAUCAAGCUAACGGGCAUCCUCAACACCUACUCCAUGAACCCAGAUGAGGACACCAAUGGCUGGGGAACGCAGGUCUAUCCAGGCGUCAAUGCCCAUAACCACCAACAUCUAUUCUGCUUACGCAUAGACGCCAACGUCGACGGCCCCAAGAACACCAUCUUUGCCAUCGAUGCCGUGCAAGCGGAGGCACCCGUCGGAAGCCCAGGAAACUACUACGGAAACGCUUUCUAUGCCCAACGAACCAAGCUCGCGACAGUUGGCCAGGCGAAGACUGAAUACAGCAGCGCGACCAUGAGGACGUGGGACAUUUGCAACACCAACAAGCUGCACCCAUACAGCGGCAAGCCCUCCAGUUACAAGCUAGUGAGCCGAGAGAUCCCCGGUCUGAUGCCCAAGCCUGGUUCCUUGGUAUGGAAGCGAGCUGGCUUUGCCCGCCAUGCUGUCCAUGUUACGAAAUAUCGCGACGACGAACUUUGGCCGGCUGGAAGACAUGUCCCGCAAACUUCAGGGGAACAAGAGGUCGGUCUCCUCAAGUGGUCCGCCGACGAGAGCGAGAGCAUCGAUAAUGAGGAUGUCGUUCUGUGGCACACGUUUGGGCUCACGCAUUUCCCCGCCCCGGAGGACUUCCCGGUCAUGCCUGCCGAGCCCAUCACGCUACUCCUCAGGCCACGCCACUUCUUCUCUAACAACCCCGUCAUGGACGUGCCGCCUAGCUACUGCAUCACUCCCAGCCAAGUUGCGGCAAAGGCACAGGGAGUUGGGCCCGCGUUUGAUAAGAACUCGGCGUAUGCGAAGCCGGAGAAGACCUGUGGUAGCUGCCAUGGUGAAAACGGCACGAAUGGAACUACUGAUGGCGCGCAUUAA